AAACCUGAACGCUAACCACUAUAUCAGUCGUCGUCGCCGACCAGCAGUCGCUCAGCUUGCUAUCAAACGGAAUAUCUGGUGUCAUGGGACUCGGAACGAACGGCGGCGCCACCGGCACUUCGUCUGGAAUCAGCUUCAUUGACUCGAUCUAUGGCCAGUUCCUUAAUCGCACUCCGUCUCAGGACAACUUCACGUUCGGCAUGAUGCUCAACUCGCCUCCGACUCAGGGCAAUUCUUCGGCGGGCUCUGAUGGCGGCGUUCUCCAUUGGAUGUCGCCUGAUGAGUCCUUCUUUGAUGCUAGUAAAGUCACGUUUAAGACCGUGACGGCCCCGGACGGCGCUAGUAAUGCGAGCGGGACUACCGUCGGCGGUGGCCAGGACUGGACGGUCGAACUCGACGGGUGGGUUACCACUACAGGAAACAACCGCAUAAUCAACCAAGAUUCCGUGGUUGCUAUCGUGGAUCCUUUGUACGAAGGCAUUUACCUUCCUCACGACCAGGCAGCGCUCGUUCGUAA